UAGAGGCACCACGGCUCCUCUCUCUCCUACAACCCUGACACCCAACAACAACAACAGCUGGGGUAGUCGUCGUAACAUUAAAAAGUGACAAAUAAAGCAACUGAUGAAUAUUUAUUCAACAUUUAUACAUAAAUGCUGAAACAAUGAGUACGCCAAGUCUGCCACUGUCCUCCAUAUUACGGACCAAGCAUGAAGAAGCUGAGGGUGAUGAGCCGAAGAAGAAAACCAGAGAAGAAUGGAAGAAAGCCAAGGAACUUGAAGAAGCUCGAAAAGCUGGCACUGUGCCAGCUGCUGUUGAUGAAGAAGGUAAAGAUAUAAAUCCUCACAUUCCUCAGUAUAUAGCUACAGCACCUUGGUAUUUUGGCUCUGGAGGCCCAACCCUUAAGCACCAACGUCCACAGCCAGAGAAACUCCAGUCGUUUAACCACCUCAAUGAAUAUUACAUCAGAGGGCAAAAAGGAACAACAGCUACGCGUUAUCGUAAGGGUGCCUGUGAAAAUUGUGGUGCUUUGGGACACAAAAAGAAGGAGUGUGUUGAAAGGCCCCGCAAAGUUGGAGCUAAAUAUGAUGCGCAUGAUAUUGCUCCAGAUGAUGUAUUGCUACCAGAUCUUCACCUAGAUUUUGAUGGAAAGAGAGAUAGAUGGAAUGGGUUUGAUCCUUCCGAAUAUACAGCUGUUGUUGAAGAGCAUAAAAAAGUUGAAGACUAUAAGAGACAGAUAAAGGCUAAAAAGCUGAAGGAAGGAGAAGAGAUGAGUGAUGGUGAACCAGAUGAUGAUGAUGAAGAUGAAGACAAAUAUGCUGAAAGUGUUGACAUGCCAGGUACAAAAGUAGACAGCAAACAGAGAAUUACUGUCCGCAACUUGCGUAUACGUGAAGAUACAGCCAAGUACUUAAGAAAUCUGGACCCCAAUUCAGCCUAUUAUGAUCCAAAGACACGUUCUAUGAGGGACAACCCUUACAAGGGCACUGGAAGAAAAGAGGAUGAAGUCGACUUUGCUGGAGAGAAUUUUGUAAGAUUUUCAGGAGAUACUGUCAAUCAAGCUAAAGCUCAGCUCUUUGCAUGGGAUGCAUUUGAGAAAGGUGUAGAUGUCAGUCUUCAAGCUGAACCUACAAAACUUGAAUUGUUAAAAAAGCAAUUUGUAAAUAAGAAGGAAGAGUUCAAGAAAAAGGUAUCUGAUGAUCUUUUAGAAAAAUAUGGUGGGAAAGAACAUCUUGAUGCUCCACCAGCUGAACUUUUACUUUCUCAAACAGAGAAUUAUGUUGAGUACUCCCGACAUGGCAAAAUCAUCAAAGGCGCCGAAAAGCAGACUGUGCGAUCCAAAUAUGAGGAAGAUAUGUACCCUGGUAAUCACACCAGUGUUUGGGGAAGUUACUGGCGAGAUGGCAUGUGGGGAUUUAGUUGCUGUCAUUCUUUUGUCAAGAAUUCUUAUUGCACAGGUGAAGCUGGGAAGCGGGUGAUGCCAGCAUUGCCAUUACCGAGUGCAUCGACCUCGGCUUUACAGAGUACUUCACAGAAAGGUAGCUCUGGUGAGGAACAACAAAACACAAAGACUUUGCUUGAAAUUCACAGAGACAAGAAAAAGAAAAAGAAGAGGAGGAAGCUAAAGAAAAAGAAGAAGGACACUAGCAGCAGCAGCAGCGGUAGUGAUUCUAGCAGCGAAUCAGAAAAUGAAGAAGAUAAGGAAAAGAAACGCAAGAAGAAAUUGCGUGAAGCUUUGAUUCGUGCAAAGAUAGAAGAAGAUGCAGUUCAAGAAAUGAUGAAGUUAAAUGAACGUGAACGAAGCUAUAAUUCUAUGUAUGAUGCAAAGGCACCAACAGAAGAAGAGAUAGAGGCUUAUCAAAUGAGAAGACCGAGGGAGGACGAUCCUAUGGCUGCAUUCCUAGGCAAAUGAAUGUGCAUCAGAAAUAUACCUAGUGUUUUCAUUUUUCUGGUUGUUUAGAUACAUAUCUAAAACUAUUAAAAUAGUUUAAGAAAAUUAUUUGUUAGUAACCCAGUACCUACUUUCAUUAUGACCUUGAUAAUUGUCCAGAAUGGAUUGAAAUGUCAUCCAAUUUUUAUUUCCAGAUUGUGAGUUAGUUGCAAGCUGCUUUAAUUCUGGAGAACUAGUCUGUAUAUCACUGAUCUAUGCUGGCUUUAUUAAUAUGAAUACAGUGAAUCAUUAUUCAGCAUAUAUGCAGUAUGUCAAUACAAUACAACCUUCAUAAUUCCUCAUUUUAUACUUUAGAAACAUACUAUGGAACAAUCCACAAUUCUUAAUGUGUAUAGCAGGAAAAUAUGAACUUGGAUGAGGGAAUAAGUGGUAGAUUAUUUCUUGAAACAAAAAUGCUUUAUUACCUAGCAAGUGAUUGCUUGUAUUCAGAGGUUGAAGAAUACAAGAAUUUUGAAUUAUGUGGUCUAUCAUAAGCUGAUAGACCACAUAUUCCAAUUCAGAGUUUAUUUCCACAUGAUAUAUUGUUUAGACAGAAAUGGGUGACACUUUAUUGCAUACAGGAAGUCCAUGGUUAUGCACACCAUUUCAGUAUAUGUAUAAUAAAUGUAUAUUUAAGUAGAUUUAAUACAGUGGUACCUUGAAUGUCGAAUAGCUCCCAACUCGAACAGUUAUGUGAGUGUAUUUUUGUAAGUGCUUUUGUAAAUGUAUUUUUGGGGGCCUCACAUGGACUAAUCUAAUUUACAUUAUUCCUCAUAAGAACAAAUUUGUUCGGUAACAGCACUUGAACAGCCUUCUGGAACAAAUUUUGGCCAAUAUUCAAGGUACCAUUGUACGUAUAUCAUUGUACAUGUUUAUAAGAAAAAAUAUUUGGGUUAUACUCUAGUAAAUAUAUAGUACAAUUUUUUACAUUAGAUGACAUUCAGUUCAAGAACUCAAAUUCUUGAAUCAGCAACUAUUCACAGUAACAAUUUUGUAUUCUAAUUUCUAAAAAUAAAUUUCAUCUGAAAAAUAAUGCAACUAAAUCAAAGGAAAUGGAAGUUGCUUUAUUACCGAGGUCAUGAGUGAACGAUGAUGAAGUGGAGACGGCUGAUGUGUUAAUAAAAAAUAAAAUACUGCACGUUAAAUACAAGGAAUGAGUAGACUGUUGAACAAAGUGGGACUAUUCCAUAAUAUAGUCAGAAUAUUGAGAAAUGCGUAUUUUUCUUGUAAAUCAAAAACACUUAAAGACAGCAAGCCUUUAUUAAUUUAAAAUUUUCCAAGUAACUCAGUAAAGCUGUCACUGAACAAGAAGUAAUUUUUAAUAAAGGUUUGUAAUGUCUAAGUUUCUUUGAGUUACUCCUUGUUGACUUAGUGCCCAGCUUUCAAGUAUUCUUCAAGCAGAGACAACCAUAGUUUUUAUAGUGUAUAUACUGCUGUGUAUUUGAUAAUUAUAUAGGUAUAUAUAUAUAUAUAUAUCUUGAGAUUAUUCUUUAUUAAGUAAAGUUGUGUAGUGUGUCUCUUGACUGAAUCAGGAGGUAUUAUUGUUUCUCUGACAGGUUUUAAAUAUUGAUAUGCAGAGUUGGAAUAGGUGUCUUGAUAGGCACAGUGGUGGGUGGGUUUGUUUGUGUGUGUGUGUGUGUGUGUGUGUGUGUGUGUGUGUGUGUGUGUGUGUGUGUGUGUGUGUGUGUGUGUGUGUGUGU